GCCCAUAGUUGCCCGGCAGCCUGGAGCAUGCGCGAAGCUGCGGAAGCGGCUGGCGUGCUGUUGGGCGGCCGAAGCUAUGGGUUUGAGUCGGGUCCGCGCGGUCUUCUUUGACCUGGACAACACGCUCAUCGACACGGCCGGGGCGAGCCGUAGAGGCAUGUUGGAGGUUAUAAAGCUCUUACAAUCAAAAUACCACUACAAAGAAGAGGCUGAAAGCAUCUGUGAUAAAGUUCAAGUUAAACUUAGCAAGGAGUGCCUUCAUCCUUACAGUACAUGUAUCACAGACGUGAGGACUUCACACUGGGAAGAAGCAAUCCAGGAAGCCAAAGGUGGGGCCAACAAUAGGAAAUUGGCUGAAGAAUGUUAUUUCCUGUGGAAAUCUACACGCUUACAGCAUAUGACCCUAGCAGAAGAUGUCAAAGCCAUGCUCACUGAACUUCGAAAAGAGGUCCGCCUACUCUUGUUAACAAACGGUGACAAACAGACACAGUGGGAGAAGAUCGAGGCUUGUGCCUGUCAGUCUUACUUUGAUGCUAUUGUUGUAGGAGGAGAGCAGAAAGAGGAGAAACCAGCACCUUCCAUAUUUUAUCACUGCUGUGAUCUCCUUGGAGUGCAGCCAGGGGACUGUGUAAUGGUUGGUGACACACUAGAAACCGAUAUACAAGGAGGCCUCAAUGCAGGACUGAAAGCCACAGUCUGGAUAAACAAAAGUGGAAGGGUGCCACUGACAUCAUCCCCCAUGCCUCACUAUAUGGUUGCCUCUGUGCUGGAAUUACCUGCUCUCUUGCAAAGCAUAGAUUGCAAAGUCAGCAUGUCUAUGUAAACACACGGAAGGGGACAGCCACUGCGUUCCAGGGUUAGAAUUAAGGAAAGUUAAGACGUGUAUUUGGUUGAGUUCUAAGAAUAAUGUGAGGGAGGGAUUCACAGCCACACUGUGAAGAUCCUCCCAGCCGUGCUGCUGUUGAUAGGCUGGUACUCAUAUCUGAAAUCCAGGUUUUAAUUGUGUAGUCCAGAACACUUGAAGAAAGGCAAGAUAGCUUAUAUGUGUAUAUGCAGGUAUUGGUAUAUAGAGCAGAAAUAUAUGUAUGUAUAUGUAUGUAUAUAUAUAUAUUUAGAAAAUAGAUAUUCUAAAAGAGGGAUUCAGGCUACUGAAUCGGGUCAACAUAAGUACUAAAUCAUCCAAAUUAAGACAUUUCAUAGUGAAAUUUUGCAUAUUUUAGACAAAUUUUUGUUGUAAAUAUUUUGCCUAUGUUCGGUGUGUAUGCUCUUAUCUAUUAUCUAAUUUUUCUGCAUGAUUUUUGAGGGCUGAUUUUUCUGUGGUGUGAACAUGACAAAUUGUUAUAGUUUGGGAAAAGAAAAGAAAAACUUUUAAAAAUCAAACCAUGGUGCUCCUUUCCCAAACCAUUUUCAUACUUCUAGAGUGAUCUUGUGGUUUCCAUUUUUCUCAGGCACACAGUGGGAAGGACUGGGCUUUUUGCUUAGAUUAAAUGCUGGCCAUAUGGCACCAAAAAUCAUUUUGUUUUUUUAGAUCCACAAGAACCUCCACAUGUUCUGACCAGCCCAUUUCUCCACUGGUCUGAUCUCUGGUGACUAAUUCCCCAGGGCACCAAACUAGUAGAGAAUGGUGUUGAAAGCCAGCUAUAGUGGUGCACUUUUUAAUCCCAGCACUCAGUAGGCAGAGGCAGGUGGAUCUCUGAGUCCAAGGCCUGCCAGGGCUAAAUAGUAGUCUCACAAACAAAGAAAACUACAAAGCAAGUAUCUUAGUGGCUCUCACAGUUACCUGUGUCUUAAAUUUGUUUUCCACACUUUAAGGAAGCACUGUGUCUCAGAUCCCCCAGAGCUCACUUGAAGCCUGAUUGGCAACAUUGAUAGCCAGAGAAUUUCCCCCAGGCUGUUAAGCUAGCCAGUCUCAUGAGUUCAUAACCAGACUUGGUGGCUAACAAGAGAAAAUCAAUAAUGAAAUAAAUAUUAUUUUUAACUGCCUCACAAGUAAUUGACACAGAUAUGCCAGGUCAUAUUUAUUAUAUUAACUGUGAUGGUUCAUCACUCCUAAAAUGUUAGCAGUUCUUCAGUAAAAGUAAUCUGGGGGAAGUUCAAGAGUAAAAUUGUCUUUAUAGCAUAUCUCAGACAUGCGCUAUCCCUGUCUCUCCAUACCUUCUUCAGGAAAGAACUUUGAUGUUCUACUUUCUGAGUGGAAUGUUAAAUAGUAAAAAGUAUUCAAAUAAGCCUGUGAUAUUAUUUAUGCUUUUUAGGGUGUUAGAAUUCUUUAAAAUUAAACCUGAUAAAGUUUUGUCAUCUA